CAUAUUAGAUUUCAUUACAUACAAUUAACUUGUGUUUUAUGACAAUUGACAAUUGAUUCAUUCUGUUCUCAAGAAUUAAAAUCGAUUCGAUGAAGAGUUAACAAUUUAUUUUUCAUAGUUUUAUUCUGAUUAAAAACAAAAUUUUAUUUUCUAUUUUUUCUUCCAUCAUCACAAUCAUGGUGAUCAUCAUAAUGGAUAUAAUAGCAAAUGCAUGGAAAUCACGAGAAUGUCCAAUAGAUAGCCAAGAUAAUCGUGAAACAUAUCUCUGUAUUCGACCGUGUGAUUUUGAGGAUAACAGUCUGGAAGGAUCGUCACCGUCUCGCAAUCAACAUGGAAAAAAUGUUGCGGCCGAUGAUAAUUUUUUCGUUGUAUUUUUCCCGCCAAAACCAAAAGAUCAAUAUGAACGAAGCCGUUUUAAAUGUCCGGCCGGUUUUCGUCAGACAAAAGAACGUGAUCAACAAUGUUUUUGUGAACGGCCAUACACACCAUAUGAAAUGGAGAUGCAACGACGUGAAAAAUGUGAUCAAACAUUUGAACGGUGCCGUAUGUAUGGGGCUAAACCGUAUGAUUGUAAUCAUAUUAUUGAUACUUGUCCAUCGAAUCUGAUACGCGAAUAUUGUCUAGCCGGAAAAGUUUUUAAAAUGCGUUUUGCUCGUGUUGUUUAUGAAUUUUGUCAUCUAUACCUUCGGCUUCCGAAAGAUGGCCGUCAACAUUUUCUGGAACCACAAAUUGAUCGUAAAAAACAUUGAUGGUCAAUUAUGAUU